AUAGUGCAGCCGCGACAACAGCCUGUUGUGCUCAGAUUUAAGAAGAUUUCUUAUCCUGUUGUAGCAAUAAUUUGUCAAGGUGUCUGUGUCAAGUAGUGUCCUUCUUGGUGCUAUCACCAUGAAAAUGUUAACAGCUCACGACGGACCUGAUAUAGCCCCCGUGGAACCAACGGCCGGGGUGCACAGCACUACGUUCUGGGUGCUGGUGGUGGGAGCAGCAGCUCUGAUGGUCAUCAUCCUGGCAGCUAUAGCGUGCUGGGUCGCCCGUCGCAGAUCCUCGCUUGCUCACAAACUUGGCGGCAAGCGCGGGCCGGACGCGGCGCUGGUGUUCCAGCCCCCGCGCCGCGCCACGGCCGUGCGGUCGCCGGGCUCGGCCACCCACUACCUGCGCAAGUCGCCGUCGCCCACGGCCGCCACCGCGCCGCAGCCCGCCUCGCCGCCGCAGCCGGGGCCGCAGACUCCGCACAACCCGCCCUCAGUUGCAACGACCCCCCACUCGCCUACUGCGCCCAAUGAGCCCACUCCUCUCAGCAAGGAGUUGGCAGACGCUCACGCCACGGAGAAAAUCAAGCCCUUGGAGCCAGAGGUCAACGACGGAAGACUUGGUGACCUGCACUUCAAGUUACGUUACGAGAAUGAGAAGAGUGCUCUGGUGGUGUCCGUGGUGUCCUGCCAAAACCUGCCAGGUCGCGAGCCAGCCGGUCCUGAUCCCUACGUCAAGCUGCAGCUCCUGCCAGACAAGCAGCAUAAGGUCAAGACAAGAGUGGUCCGCAAGACUCGCUGCCCAGUUUAUGAUGAAGACUUCACCUUCUACGGCAUCGCUCCCCAUCAGCUCACUGGGACCACCCUUCACUUUAUCGUUCUCAGCUUUGACAGAUACUCACGGGAUGAGAUAAUAGGGGAGGUGGUGUCUCCACUGUCAAACCUAGAGCUCCACAGCGGGGAAGCCAUGGCUCUCUGCCGGGAAAUACAACCACGCAGCUUGAAGAUGCGCUCGGUGGGUCGAGGUGAGGUGCUGGUGUCUCUUUGCUGGCAACCAGCUGCUGCACGCCUCACUGUGGUGCUGCUCAAAGCUCGGAACCUGCCCAAGAUGGACGUCACUGGCCUGGCUGACCCUUAUGUGAAGAUGUACUUGCUGUACAACGGGCAGCGUAUCGCCAAGAAGAAGACUCACGUAAAGAAGCGUACGCUGAACCCAGUGUUCAACGAGUCGUUUGUGUUCGAGGUUCCAGCAGCGCCCAGUGCUACGCUCGACCACGUGUCCCUGGAGCUCCUUGUGCUCGACUGGGACAGAGUCACAAAGAAUGAGGUGAUUGGUCGCAUAGAGCUUGGUGUAAACGGCACUGGCAGUUCCCGUCAUCACUGGCGCGAAGUUCAGGCCGCACCACGUCGCCAGAUCGCAGAUUGGCACAAACUGAAGGAGUAAUGGCAUAUGGACUCCGGACAUACUCACACACGGACAUACAAAUUAUAUAUUGAAGGAGACAUUAUCAGAAAAAAAAACGAUACAUUUCUUUGUAA